UAGCAAACUCGCUGCAGGGUUCUUUAACAAAAAAAUUCUUAUGCAAAAUAUUUUCGAAAGAAGAAUAGCGAGCCGCUCGAGUGAUUGCAUUGAAUUUAAAUCGAUAUUUAAACUCGUGAAAUUCAUCAGACAUAUCUUGCUGACUCCAUAAUAAUAUCAAAAUUUAUCAACGAUCAUUCUGUCAGCCAUGGUGUUUUCAAGAAGUAUCGUCUUGUUGCUGUUUUUGUUCGUGGUAGUCAGUUUAAGCCGGGCCGCUGACGAAGCUAAGAAUGACAGUGACGAUAAAGAAAAUCCAAAACCAUCGUAUACUAUGAUGCAAAAUCAUUACGAUGGGUUGGGGAAUGAAGAUGGUUUUGUGUCUUAUGAUGAAAUUAAGAGGGCGCUGGGACGAACGACAGAAGAAGAGUGGAGGACAGAAAUUGAACCUCACGAUAAUGGCGAUAACCUGCUUGAUCCUACAGAAUUUGAGAACUGGAUGAGAAGUUUCAGAAAGACCGAACUUUAGAAAAGAAAGCUUGGAUAUGCUGGCAGACUCACUGCAACUAACUUGUUGCCUGUCAACAAACUUAACGUAUUUCAUGAUAGUUAAUUUAUCGAUGAAGUUUCAGUUAUAAGACAUGUUUUAAUGUAUAUCUUGCAUGUGAAGAACUUAUUUAAUAAAGCUAAGCUGUGUAAAAUUUGUUUUCAAUCCAUCUGAAGAAUCUUCAGCGUCUCAUAAUAUUAAGGUUCACAAAAUCA